UGGGAUGAAAAAGAAUAUGAUUGCUUUGCAAACAUAUGUGAUGCAGAGGUUCGUUACUGUCAUGAAUAUCUGGGCAACACUCCUCGCCUUGUGAUAACACCCCUCACUGAUCGGUGCUAUAUUACUCUCACACAAUCUCUGCAUCUCAUUAUGGGGGGUGCUCCACAAGGGCCUGCUGGAACUGGAAAAACUGAAACAACCAAAGACUUAGGCCGAGCUCUUGGUAUUAUGGUGUAUGUAUUCAAUUGCUCAGAGCAGAUGGAUUAUCAGUCUUGUGGAAAUAUAUACAAGGGUCUUGCUCAAUCUGGUGCAUGGGGAUGCUUUGAUGAAUUCAACAGGAUCACAGUUGAGGUGCUGUCUGUUGUUGCUGUUCAAGUGAAGUCAGUA